AUGAAUUCAACGAUUACCAUCAACGACACCGACGAAGAGGUGAUUGAUUUAGACUCAAGCCAAGAUAUCAAUAUUACUGACAAUGACCAAAGUGAAUGUUCAAUUGAGAAAGAUUCAUUACCGAACAACAAUGCGGAUAAGAUGAACGUAACCAAUAAUUAUAUGGAUAAUAAUAAAAAUGCAUCUACAAUGGAAACUUGCGAUAGUGAGAGUUCAUCGACACCACUUUUGAAGGUUAUGUUUCGAGAUGAAAACAUUGCAUGGCAAUAUAGUAAAAAAAUAAAAGUGUUUCUAGAGGAGUUAGUAUCUUCCAAGAUUAAAUGUCAAGAAAAUGAUAAUGGUUUAACGUUAGAAGUUUGGGAUAAUGAUACUGACUCAAUAAGUCAAUCUAUCGAUAUUACGACAGGGAGUGAUGAUAGUCAGGAUAUAAUAUGUGAUACAUUAUUUACUGUAGAUAAACAGCCAAGACCUGGAGAUGAAUUUGAUGUUCCAUCUUAUAGUAGGAAAUAUAUAUUAUGUGAUAAUGUGUUUGAUGAUACAAAAUUGAAAUCAAGUAAAUAUCCAGAGGGUAACUCACAAAGGUUUAUGUGUUUUAAUUGUUUGGGAAAUCAUAAUUUACGAGAUUGUACAGAACCACGAAAUUAUACUGCUAUAGAAGCAAAUCGAAAAAAUUUCAAUAUGAAAGGAAAUUCAAAAGGUGUUAGAUAUCAUUUGGAAAAUAAUCAUAGAUUUGAUCAUAUAAUCCCUGGUCAAUUAAGUAACAAUUUACGUAAUGCACUAGGUCUCAGAAGUAAUGAAUUACCUAGACAUAUAUAUAGAAUGAGGAAGCUUGGCUAUCCUCCAGGAUGGUUAGAGGAAGCACGUUUGCAACACUCUGGUUUGUCCCUAUUCAAUUCUGAUGGCAUUGCAGAAGAAGAUCCUAAUGAUGAACCAGGACAUAUCGUUGAAGAAAGAGACAGAGAUCAAUAUGAUAUAAAAAAAAUAUAUGACUUUCCUGGUUUUAAUGUACCAGCUCCACCUGGCACUUGGGAUGAGGAUGGGAAAUAUUCUGUAUCAACAAUGUUGACUUUUCAUAGCAAACAAAGAAUGUUGUCAAACUUAAAAGGAAGAAUGGCAGACGAUGGAUAUAAGAGAAAAAAACUCAAAGUUUUUAGUAAUACAUCAAAAGACAGUCCAGUUCCAGAACCUACUGAAAUGGAAAUUGAGGAUCUAGAAGAUAGUCCGGUAGAGUGCGUACCUACUAAUGGGCUGUUUAUACCACCGCUGCCUCUGGACGACCCUGUAAAACCGCCGGAACCACUAUUACCACAAGAAUCUUGUGCAAAACCAUCAGAACCACUAUUAUUAAAAUCAACAACAAUAUCUGAGGAUUCAGAUUAUCAUUCUCAAGAAUUACAAUUUUCUGAAGCAUUAGAAGACACUACAUCGCCUUCUUUACGAGCGAAUUCUCCGUCGUUAUCCGAAUUGGAGAAUAUGAAAAAGCAACUGCUUGUAGAACUCCAGAAAUCAAACUCAGAUAUUUCAUCAAAAAGCAAUUCUUCGAAUUCAAUAUCAAAAUCUGAUAUGCCACCACCUAGUAAUGAGAUUACUCCAGAAUUAAAUCGUAUCCGUCAAAAUGGAAUUAAUACAAGUCAUGGAAGUGUGAAGUCUAUUGACUUUGGUACGCCUGUAUUACAGAGUACGUCUCCAUAUAGCAAAUUGCCACCAUCUGAAAAAUUUUCAAAGAAUAUUUGCAAUUUAAUUAAUUUUGAGAACUUACCUGAUUCGACAGGUAAGUAUGAACAAAUGACCGGGGUUUUGCAGAAAGUAAGACAUACAUUAGCAAAGCUGCAUCAAGAAUAGUUGUAUCUCAUUACAAUUCAUGAUUGAAAAAAUUAUCAUAUUUUAUAAAUGAGCAAUAAUUCCAUUUUCUGGGAAGGUACAGAGAUAUAAAUUUCAUUUGAUAUAUUAUAUUUCUAAUUAAAAAAAUGACAUAUAUUUUUAUCUGUAGUUAGUCCAAAAUAUAUGGCAUUUUUUAACAUAAAUCUUAUGUUAGGAAACGUACAAACAACAGAUUUAUUCCCUAUUGUUGUACUUAUCUUUCGGAACAAAAAAUACACCUAGUAUAUUUUAUGCAA